CCGCAAACCGUGAUGGGAGCAGUCUCUGUUGCCUGAAAUUCUUGUCAUCUUCCUCUCCAAACGCCCAAGACUUUCCACUCCACUCAUCAAUCCCUUCUUCUUCUCUGUAAUUUCCAUCGACCCAUAUGUUUCCUCUACUCCCUUCAUAUAUCUAUCUCACUCUGUAUGUUCUUGCAAAGAAAUCACAAUAAAGCCAGCUCCUUUUUCUCCUUCAAUUCCUUUUCUUGAUUUUUCACAGUAAUGGAAACCCCAAAAACCCCCAAACAAGACGCAAUCUCCAGUUCACCUCCAGAUUGCGAAGACUCGCAGAAGAGGGAAUCCGCGAAAGCUGCGGCGAAUUCGAAUUCGAGUCCGGCUACGAGGCAUCCGGAUCUAUCGCUUCAAAUUCCGCCGAGAAAUGGCGUUGGGAGCGGCAAUCGGAGUAAGAGUUUGGUUCAGUCGCCGGGGGUUUCGAAUGGGAGCCCAACCGGGGGAGGAUUCUUUCGGGGUUUGAGCUUCAAGAGGAAGAUUGCGGGCGGGUCUGAUGGUGAAAGGAGCUCGCUUCUUCGUCCGGAUUCGAAGAUGGCUCCAGAAAGCCCUAGUUUUUCGAGUUGGAAGAGAUGUACUUCUUUGCCUGUGACGCCUGCUUCAAACGGCUCCCCUACUGUGCCUACACCUACUUCUGCAAGAACAGUAGGUGAACGCCAAAAAUCACAUUCUUUGCGAACUGCUACGUCUCAAGCUGCUGUCACAAGGUCGCUUUCCGUUGUUAUUGUGAGAUCAACAUCUUUUUCCACCCGCGAAGAGCAAGACCCUAACACCGGUGAUGAAAUUACGCCUGCGCCCGAGGAGGAGGAUCAUGAGAUUCCUGAAGAGGAAGCUGUUUGCCGAAUUUGUCUUGAAGCAUGCAGCGAAAGAAACACGCUGAAGAUGGAGUGCGGUUGCAAAGGUGACCUCAGGCUCAUACAUGAAGACUGUGCGAUUAAGUGGUUUAGCAUGAAAGGGAACAAAGACUGUGAGGUUUGUAGGCAAGAAGUGCUAAACUUACCUGUAACUUUGCUUCGGGUGCCAAGUACUGCUCAUCGAGAUGCCAGACAUGACCCUAACCGGCAGAAUUUGAACUCGCAACAAAUAAGUGCUUGGCAGGAUUUCGUUGUACUUGUCUUGAUUAGUACAAUAUGCUACUUCUUCUUCCUCGAGCAAUUGCUGAUCCGCGACAUGAAAACUCAGGCACUCAUGAUUGCCGCGCCUUUCGCAUUUGCAUUGGGCCUUUUGGCAUCUGUAUUUGCAGUCAUACUAGCAAUUAAAGAGUACAUAUGGACAUACGCCACUAUAGAAUUUGCUCUGGUUGCUCUAAUCCUGCACCUCUUCUAUUCUAUGCUUCAUUUGCCACCGGCUUAUUCUGUUAUGCUGGCAUCGGUUUUGGGUUUUGGAGGUGCUAUGGGGCUCAACUAUUUGUAUAUUAGAUACUAUACCUGGAGAGUUCAAGUUUCCCAAAACUCUAGCCCAGUGUGAGCCUGCAAAGUUUUGAAUGCCAAUUUGCUCCUUCCAGAGGAACAUAGCGCAGUGGUAUUAUCGUAUGUGUUUUUCCUCGAAUGUGUAGUAGUGCCAUAUCAACGGCCUCGAAUGUGUAGAAGUGCCAUAUCAACGGCUAUUAUGCGCAGGAUUUUCGAGUUGAAAGCUUAGCAAAUUCUUCUCCUAGGAUGUGGUUAUGAGGGACUUGUAUAGUUAAAAGUGUAUAUACUGAACAGGGAACCAGAGUUGAUGAGUGUAGAGUAUCUAUGAAGCAACUUUUGCUGGUUCUCUCCUUUUGGUUUUUAAGAUUUGGACCAUUGUUGUUAUUGUUAUUUGAUUAUGUCCAGUUAUUUUAUUUUAUUUUA